AUGUCGUUUGGAAGUCCUGGUGGUGGCGCCACGAAUAUCAAGCCGACGCCUCCCGAGCGUGGAAGCUUUCCUCUCGAUCACGAUGGUGAAUGCAAGCAUCUCAUCUCUGAUUAUUUGAAGUGUCUCAAGUCGAGGAGAGGUGUCAAUGACGACGAGUGCCGGAAGCUCGCGAAGGGCUAUCUUGCCUGCCGGAUGGACAAGAAUCUGAUGGCACCGGACGACUUCAAAAACCUAGGACUCAUAUUCGAGAAGGACCAAGCUACGAAACAAAACACGGGUGCGUUGACUGGAAAUUCAGAAACAAAGCCAUGA